CAGGACGACUACCUGCUGGUGGCCGGCCACUACCCGGUGUGGUCGGUGGCCGAGCACGGCCCCACCCAUUGCCUGGUGAAGCACCUGCAGCCGCUGCUGCUCAAGUACAAGGCCACUGCUUACCUGUGCGGCCAUGAUCACAACCUGCAGUACCUGCAGGACAAGGCUGGCGUGGGCUACGUGCUGAGCGGGGCCGGCAACUUCAUGGAGAACUCGCGGAAGCACUAUCACAAGGUGCCCGAGGGCUACCUGCGCUUCUUCUAUGCUGAGCCGGCGUCCCUGGGCGGCUUCGCCUACGUGGAGAUCGACGGCAAGGAGAUGAGUGUCACCUACAUUGAGGCCAGCGGCAAGUCCCUCUACAAGACCUCCCUCCCCCGGAGGCGCCGCCUCUGAGACCCCUCCCUGCCCACUGAUCUAGGAGGGCGCAGGGAGUGGGGGUUCAGAGCUCCCUCCUCUUUCGUUUGGCGCCGAGGGAAACGCUGCUAGGGGCAUUGAAGCCGUCUGAUUUUUAAGGCUCCUGCAUCUGAUCUCUGGGGGAAUCCUCCCCUUGCCCUCUGUAGCCCCCAAUAUGCCCCCUAGGCUUUGCAAACACCUCCUCCCCUCCGUUCCGUCCACUAGCUGGCUGGAGAAGCCCCUCCCUCCCCCAUUUAUUGCUUGAUCCCCUCCUCACUAGAUCACUCCAGCCCCCUUUGACCCCCCUGAGAUCUGGGUUUGACUCCUGGCUGUGCCAGAGUCCCGAGUGACCUUGUCUUCCUCUCUUUAGGCACCAGCUCCCCUCCUGUAAAACGGGGCUAACGGUCCUUUCACGCUCCCCCCUUUGCCUGCGGAGGCUGUAAAUUCCUUGGGGAUCCCCUCUGUACAGCUCCUGCAAUACCAUUUCCUAACCACCAAUGCUCUCAGAGCAAUUCCCUCAUCCCGCCACCUGGAGGCGCUAUGACCUUCCUUCCCCUUCUCUUCUCAGCUAUGUGGCUGGGAAGCUGAUGUUUUUCCCCUUGUUGCUGACCAGUAAACUGUGUUGUGCCAGACGAGGACUCAGUACUGCCCAAAUGUGACCUCGUGCUGGUGAUUGUGUUUUCCGAGAUGAUUGUUUUUAACCCUCACAUGCGGACCGGUCCUGCGUGCUUCCUCCCAGUCUACAGUUAACAAGGGGCGUGCGUGUGAUCCCCACGUGUCUGCCACAGACUUUUAAGUCCCGGAGAAACUUCUUCUUUACCCUCUGCAGCACUGCUGCCCCUGUGAUCUGUUGCUCCCUGA